AUGCGUCCAUUCAAGCCCACCGCCGGCGCCCGCAGCAUCGCCUCGCGCCUCGCCGGCGCCACCACUCCGGCGGACGCGCGCAUGGUCAAGGCGGGCUCCGACCCAGCCACCUACCGCCUCGAACUCCACUUCAACCACCUCGUCUCCUCCGGCCGCCUCGCGGCCGCCGGCAAGGUGCUCGACCAGAUGCCCGAGAAGAACACUCUCUAUCUCAGAUCACUCAACCGCCUCGAACUCCACCUCAACUACCUCGUCUCCUCCGGGCGCCUCGCGGCCGCACGCAAGGUUCUCGACCAGAUGCCCGAGAAGAGCACCCUCUACCUCAGAUUUCUCAACCGCAUUCUCUGGGGAUGCUCCAGGUCCUGCGACCUCGCCGCCGCCAAGGCGCUAUUCAGCGCCGCGGCUCGCCGCAACGCCAAAACCUGGACAAUCAUGAUGAGCAUGCUCCCAGCGGAUGACCGUGGCUCCGAUGCCGUGUCGCUCUUCCGAGACAUGCUCAGGGAGGGCGAGGCGCCCGACGAUGUCACCGUCACCACCGUGCUCAACGUGCCUGGCUGCGAUGUCGGGACACUCCAUCCCGUGGUCACCAAGCUCGGCUUUGGCGCCAGUGUUGUCAUCUGUAACACGCUGCUAGAUGCGUACUGCAAGCAAGGAUUCAUUGCUGCUGCUCGGAGAGUCUUCCUGGAGAUGCCACACAGGGACACCAUAACGUACAAUGCCAUGAUGAUGGGCUGCUCCAGGGAGGGGCUGCACGGGGAGGCACUAGAGCUAUUUGCUGCUAUGCGACGUGAGGGCGUUGACACCAGCCACUUCACGUUCUCAAGUUUGCUAACCGUGGUGACAGGUAUGGUUGAUCUCUACCUUGGGCGUCAGAUCCAUGGUCUCUUUGUCAGGGCCAACCCAUCACGUAAUGUCUUUGUCAACAAUGCAUUGCUUGAUUUCUACUCGAAAUGUGACUCCCUUGGUGAUCUGAAGCAGUUGUUUGAUGAGAUGCCAGAGCGGGACAAUGUUUCAUAUAAUGUGAUGAUAUCUGCCUGUUCUUGGAACCGAUGUGGUGGCAUGGCUUUGCAGCUGUUCAGGGAUAUGCAGACACUCGGCUUUGACAGGCGGGCCUUACCAUAUGCUAGCUUGCUCAGUGUAGCUGGGGCACUGCCUCACAUUAAGAUUGGGAGACAAAUACAUGCACAAUUGAUCCUUCGUGGCCUUACUUCAGAGGAUUUCGUGGGAAAUGCCCUGAUUGACAUGUACUCAAAAUGCGGUAUGCUAGAUGCUGCAAAGACUAUUUUUGCAUACAAAAGUGACAAAACUGCCAUUUCCUGGACCGCGUUGAUAACUGGGUGUGUCCAGAAUGGGCAGAAUGAGGAAGCAUUGCAACUAUUCUGUGACAUGAGAAGAGCUGGUCUAAGUCCUGACAGGGCGACAUGUUCUAGCAUCAUGAAGUCUUCCUCAAGCCUGGCAGUGAUUGGGAUAGGAAGGCAAUUGCAUGCUUACCUCACAAAAUCAGGCCACAUGCUCAGCGUGUUCUCAGGUAGUGCCCUUCUUGAUAUGUAUGCAAAAUGUGGCUGUUUGGAUGAAGCCAUCAGAACAUUUAAUGAGAUGCCCGAGAAGAAUUCCAUCACGUGGAAUGCUGUAAUUUCAGCAUAUGCACAAUAUGGACAAGCAAAGAAUGCCAUCAGGAUGUUUGACAGCAUGCUUCACUGUGGUCUUUGUCCUGAUCCAGUCACUUUCUUGAGUGUGCUAGCAGCCUGUGGUCACAAUGGUCUUGCGGAAGAAUGCAUGAAAUACUUUGACCUGAUGAGAUAUUACUAUAGCAUGUCACCCUGGAAGGAACACUAUUCUUGUGUUAUUGAUACCUUGGGUCGGGCAGGCUGUUUCGAUAAAAUUCAGAAAGUGUUAGAUGAGAUGCCAUUUGAGGAUGAUCCAAUAAUAUGGAGCUCCAUUCUUCACUCGUGCAGGAUCUACGGAAACCAGGAUUUAGCUACAGUGGCUGCUGAAAAAUUGUUCACUAUGGUGCCCACAGACGCGACUGCCUAUGUCAUACUAUCCAACAUAUAUGCUAAAGCUGGUAAUUGGGAAGGUGCUGCACGUGUGAAAAAGAUUAUGAGAGAUAGAGGAGUUAAGAAAGAGUCAGGUAACAGUUGGGUUGAAAUCAAGCAAAAGAUCUACAUGUUCUCUUCUAAUGAUCACACCAACCCAAUGAUAGAUGAGAUUAAAGAAGAGCUUGAGAGGUUGUACGAAGAGAUGGAUAAACAAGGCUAUGAGCCCGAUACUAGCUGUGCCUUGCAUAUGGUGGAUAAUAAGGAAAAGUUGGAGUCACUGAAAUACCACAGUGAGAGAUUGGCCAUCACGUUUGCCUUGAUUAAUACCCCACCAGGGACACCAAUUACGGUUAUGAAGAACUUGAGUUCCUGCCUAGAUUGUCAUGCUGCCAUCAAGAUGAUAUCAAAGAUUGUGAACAGAGACAUUAUCAAUACUUUGCUGCUAAGAGCGAUUCCUGGGCUCAACGACAUAGGCAAAGCUUUGUUAGGACCUGUCUCGGAGCAAGUUAUGGUCCUCCAGAACAUUGGAACAUCAGUUCUCGUCUCCCCAAACCAGCUUCCAGAUCUCCACCAACUGCUGGCUGAGGCUGCAACGCUCUUGAACAUAGAAGCUCCUGACUUGUACAUAAGGCAGAAUCCUGUUCCAAAUGCUUACACCUUAGCAAUCAAUGGCAAAAAACCAUUCAUCGUCGUUCACACAAGCCUUGUCGAGCUGCUUACUCCAAAGGAAUUGCAGGCUGUUUUGGCUCAUGAGCUGGGUCACCUCAAGUGCGAUCAUGGUGUGUGGCUCACUUUCGCCAAUAUACUCACAAUGGGAGCAUACACUGUCCCUGGUUUUGGCAUGGUUGCUGGCUUCCUGGAAGAGCAGCUAUACAGAUGGCUACGAGCUGCAGAGCUGACUUGUGACAGGGCAGCUCUUCUUGUUGUGCAAGACCCAAAGGUUGUCAUCUCUGUUCUGAUGAAAUUGGCCGGAGGAUGCCCAUCUCUUGCCGACCAGCUAAACGUGGAUGCCUUCUUGGAGCAAGCUCGUUCCUACGACAAAGCUGCAUCGAACCCAGUUGGGUGGUACAUCCGGAACGCACAAACCAGAGAGCUUUCACACCCUUUGCCUGUGAUGCGAGCCCUGCGAGAUUGA